CGUCGAUCACUUUCCCUCCUCCUACUGCCUGUGUUUAGUUCGAUAGGCUAAUUCGGCUUGUAAACAGCCGUAGUUUUUAUUAGUAUCCGCAGUUCUGAAAUUAAAUUGUCAAGAAAGCAUGAUAAAUAUGACAGUGUGUUGGUUUUGUUAGUGCAUUUUUUGCACAUCGCCUAUAUAGCCUACCUUACUUUCGAUUUCACUGGGAUUUCGUGGAAACUGAAACCGCCAAACGACAGCGCAAUGGAUAGGUUUUACAUGCCAGAAAAAAUUGGAGAGGAUCAUUUCAACAAAAUCAAGGAUGUGUUUGCUUCUGAAAGCCCAGAGAAAAUUCCCCAUCAGCUUAUUUCUCUUUUGGAGGUUUUUGACCAUUUUAAGAUAGAUAUUGCUGUGACUGGAGAGUCUGGUGCAGGAAAGUCUUCUCUUAUCAAUGUGUUCCGCGGACUGAAACCUGAUGACAUGCGGGCGGCUCCAACUGGAGCUGUAGAAACCACAAAGGAGCCAACUAUGUAUCAGCAUCCAAAUCUCCCACACGUCAGACUGUGGGAUCUUCCAGGGAUGGGCACCCCUUCCUUUACUUCCAAGAGUUAUGUAAAGACAAUGAAUUUUGAUCUAUAUGACAUGUUUAUGGUUGUGAUAUCCGAGAGAGUCAGAGAAAACAACAUGCUUUUGAUCGACGAAAUUGGGCAACGAAAGAAGCCGUUUUAUUUUAUUAGAACAAAAGUUGAUAAUGAUAUGGUAUCCCAAAGAAAGAAAAGGACAUUCUCUGAAAAACGUGGAUUGGAUCAAAUGAGACGAGACUGUGAGAAGUAUCUGAAGGAGAAGAAGUUGGACCCCCAUGUGUUCCUAGUUUCAGCCCAUGAGACACAAAAUUAUGAGAUGCAGAAGCUCACGGACACUCUUAAGAAUGAGGUUUCUCAGCUUGGAGCAGAAUUAUUUUCAAGUUUUCUGGACAAGAUGUUUCACGGAGGUUGGAUCAAUGCAAGGCAUGCUACAUACCACAUCCAACAGACUGGAAAACUUCAAGCUGACGACAUCACAACUUUGCAAAAUAUGUAUAAGCGCACAGGCUUUGGAGCCGCAAAUGUCAGAGUUGUACUAGAGGCUCUGAGUCACUUUCAGCUUGACGUUGCAGUUUUGGGUGAGACGGGGUCUGGAGCAUCCACUCUAGUAAAUGCCUUAAUUGGUCUUGAGAAUGAGGUGAGUGAUCCAGCAACAGCAUACAUCAGCAACCCUUCAAAGUGUCCGGGAUACCCAGAUGUCCGGUUCUGGGAUGUAUCUGGCGUAGAGGCAUACGUGGAUGACUCAAUGAAUUGUACGAAACAAGUCCUGAAUUGGUAUGACUUCUAUAUCAUCAUUCUAUCAGACUGUCAGAAAGCACGGCAUAUAAAACUAGCUAAAGCAGUUGAACAACUAAGGAAGCAUUACCUCUUGGUCCAAACCAAAGCAGACUGUCACCUACAGACGCGAACAGAUUUGUACUGUGAUGAGGCUGAGAUACUUGAUGGGCUACGGGCACAAUAUACACAAGAGCUUCAGAUGGCAAAUCUGGAUGAACAACAGAUUUUUCUCAUCAAUAGCCUUGAUAGAAGUGCACUUGACUUUAUAGGCUUGGAAAGUGCACUGUCUGAUAACCUCAACACUGUCAGGGCAAGUGCUUUUGCAUAUUAUAUAGCUAGAAUAGUAAAGCAACAUAAAUAAACAUGAGGUAUGAUGCAGAAAUAAAUUGUUUAAAUGACCGUUUAGCAUCACAUAUUUCUGCUUACAACUGUUUUUGUUUAUAAUUGGUGUGCAAUAUAAUAAGUGAACAAAAUAAUAUACUGAAGAACUACUCUAUGUGUUUUCCUGAGGUUUAAUUCAUAGGAUCAUUUCAGUUCAUACAAUGAGUAAUCAGUCGAAAUAAUUAUGAAAUGGUCACAUGUUGUCAAAUACUCUAAAAACUUUGUUUUCUGUUAAUUUAUGUUUAGUAAAUUCAUAUGAUGUUAAAAAUCUAAAUGUUAACAUUGUUAAAAUGGAUGCAUCUGAUUGGUCGCGUGUGUGCGUUUUCUCAUUAUCAGGGAGUUCUCGUGAUUUGUUUCUUUCUCAGUAAAUUCUAUGAUUGUGAAGCAUCGUAUUUUGAGUGUUUACUGAUAAACAUACUCCCUUUCAGGUAUAACACACAAAUGUAUUAUAUUCUUUCUAAAUGCAUUCAGCUAAAUAAUUUUCUUUUAUUAAUGUAAAGAAAUUAAAGCUAUUGGCACAGCACCUUACAGCACAUGAGUAGCCUAUGCAUGAACAGUGUGGAGAAAAUGGUGCCUUAAACUAUUGGCUUCAAUGUUGAAGACCUUUCUCAAACACAAAACAAGCGCAUAUUUCAUUUCUGGAAGCCAGGCUAAAUUAGCAAGCACUGUUACUGCAUUCAGAUAUCAAAUACAGACAUAAUAAAAACAUGAAAAGAACAUUUCAGCAAUCACACUGGUAACUUAUAACGAAGUAAAAUCUCCAGAGAAGUCAUCAACUCACUUAUCAUAACUCACUUAACUUGAUCACUUAUUAUAUAUACAUUGAAGCAGCCGUGGAUUCCAAUUCUUGCGUUGUUUUUGGCCUCUUGAGUCUUCAUGUUGAUUCACUUGCUUUAUCCUCAUUUGUAAGUCACUUUGGACAAAGGUGUCUGCUAUAUGACUUGUAAAUAAGAUUAUUUCUUUAAUAAAAGGUUCAUGAAAAAUGCA